AUGAUUUCCGUCGUGUACCGCAACCCCGACGACAUGAUCUAUGAAGAUAUUCUCGUGAAGGAGACGUCGCUGGGAUCCAGGCCGGGUUCCCUGCGCCGCAUCCAGCACCAGCGUCUGAGCGGGCGUUCGACGCACGGCCGGGAGAGCAGCAGUGCGCCCGGCAGCAUGCGCCGCAACAAGCAGACGGCGCCACCUGGCAGCCUGUCUCGCAGCGAGGGGUUCCCGGUAGCGGGGGCGCCACCGGCGCGUGGCAGCGGGCGGCGGCAGGGCUCGCGCGACAGCGUGCGCGGCGUGCGCAUCGACAGCGUGCGUGGAGGCGCUGCCGACAUCGCUCACCGCAUGCAGGCGGCUAACCCAGCCGCGACCCCGCCACGUCCCGCGCAGCAUCCAUCGUCCGACCCGGCGACCGGCUUCAUUCCGGCGGGCGCAUUCCACCCCGUCGCGGCGCCCCCUACCGGAUCGCUGCGGAACUCGCAUCGCUCGGCGCGAGGUUCGGCCGGUCGCCGCGGUGACGGCGACGGUUACGCGUCGCAGCGCUCGCGCUCGUCGCAGCGUUCUCGCGGCUCGCAGCGGCGACGCCGCCGCCAGAGCGCGCCCGACAACAGCUCGACGACGGACCUCGCACCGGACAAGACGAGCACGCCGUACGGCACGCCCGUGACGCUGCGCGCCUCGCAGCGCAGCUCACAGAGCCUCGGCCGUGAGACGGCCGCCGCCGCCGACAGCCUGCCGCGGAGCAGCAUGCGUGCGAAGGCGCGGCGCGAGGCGAGGCACCAGCGGCGCAACCGCGAGCGUGCGGAGGCACGCGAGCGCAUCCGCUCCAACGAGAACCUGCUCGCGCACUCGCCGCAGUCGUCGCGGCACGAUUACGACAACCCGGGCUACGCGCACACGGAGGACAACGACACGGCGGCGGCGGUGGGAGGGACGCGGCGCGGGGAGGAGCCUGUGUACGCGUCGACGUCGCUGCAAUCGUCGGGCGCGUGGCAGCAGCAGCAGCAGCAGCAGCGCAGCUACCCGGGCACGCCGAGCACGACGCGCUCGCUGCGGCAGUAUCCAUCGGACGCGUCCGAGCAGCCGCCGCCGUACACGCCCCUCGCCGCUGCCUCCGUGUCCGACCUCGCGCGACUCCAGAACUCCUCGUCGCUGCUCAACCUCGCAAAGCACGUGCCCCCGCCGACCGUACCGCCGCCACCCCCGUCCCGCUACUCAGCCGCCGCCUCCGCUGCGUCGAACGCACCGCCGUCCCGCUACUCAGCCGCCGCCUCCGCUGCGUCGAACGCGCCGCCGUCUCGCUACUCAGCCGCCGCCUCCGCUGCGUCGAACGCGCCGCCGUCCCGCUACUCGGCGACGGACGCGCUGCCGCUGCCACCCUACCCGACGGACAUGUAUCCGUAUGUGCAGACGACGCGCGCUUCCAUCGUGGACACGUCGUUGCCGCCGCCGCCGUCGUCGGUUCCCUCCACGCCGCGGCCGCCAAGUCAGAUGUCGUAUGAGGAGCGGAGGACCCCGCCGCCGCCGCCACAGGUACCGCCACCAAAGCAGCACUGGUCGAAGCGGCGGCGGCCGUCGGUUCGGAGCGGCACGUCGACUUCGCGUGUUGCCCGCGCGACGUCGUCCGACGAUUCGUUCCGCGACGGCCAGGGCGCGCUAGUGUCGAGCGAGCCUGGCGGAGCAUCCGGUGCUGGCUUCUACUACAUGCGGGGAGGUGAGGUGCGGCGGACGUGA